GAUACAAACCGCCAAAGGAGGUCACCUUUAGCGGGGUCCGGGGCAUCCGGUUCUCCCCCGGAAAUUUUUAAAAUUGUGGUCCUCACAAAUGGGAUUGCUGGUAUAUUUCUGAGGACAAGUCAGCGUGUUAUACAUGUCUCAUUGUUUUAGAUUUAGGGGGUUCGACCGCGACUUCCCAAACUCCCCUCCCCCUUAUAUCCCCCCUCAGCAAGUGGAGCUUUACUUUGUCAUUGAAAAGUCUUUGUGAACAAAGCAAUUCAUGGUGUUUGUACCUCCUAUCGCUGGUCUAUUUGAUUGUGGGACAACCCUAUUGUCAAAUGCGCUUACAACACCAUAACGCUUCAGAUUCUCCUCUAGAUGCACUUGUAAAGCACCCUUUUCAAAGUUUCAGAAUCAAAAUACCAGGCGAAAUGAUGAUAAAAAUCAUUCUGCUGUUGAUAGCUCUUCUUAGUGUUAUGGCCCAAGCCUUCAAGCCAAAAGAUCCAUCAAUUUGUGAUUUGCCUAAAGUAGUAGGUCCUUGCAGAGGCGCGUUUCCGAGAUUCUUCUAUAACAAGGAGACUGGAGAGUGCGAGGAUUUCCUUUAUGGAGGAUGCAGUGGCAAUGAAAACAACUUUGAGUCCAAGGAAGAAUGCGAGAGCCAAUGCAAAAAAGCUUAGACUUAAGGUGAUGCUAAUAAAUUAUACAUGCAAAG